UUCUACAAUGCCUUCAUGGGGGGCGUAACGAUGAUUAACCGGUGGAAUUAUCUGUUGAUCAACGGAAUGUCGAAUGCAUUCACUGGCUGGGGUGGUGAAGAUGACGAUUUUGCGUUACGCCACGGGUUAGCCAACGUGACCAGGAAUCAGGUGUCUAACACUAUAGGACGCUUUUAUAGCCUGGAACAUUCAGACGACCGUGUCUAUGACAAGGAACGUUUAUCUAAACUGGCUCGUCCUGAAGUUCGCAAUAGGAUGCUUCGAGAUGGUCUCAUGCAAGUCACCUAUACCCUUCUAAAAGUGCACGAACUUUUGGCUUGUUCUGGCUAUAUGCUAUCCGGUCCCAGAGGUCGUUUAGUACAUUCUUGGUUCCGGUUAGCGCAAUCUGGAUCUAUCAAGCAUUCUUUUGGAACAGACUGGACGGAAAUGUACUCUCCUUCUCUCGGUCGUCUUCCUCAUGAAGAAAAACUGCAUAUGAAGCUCGGAGCUGCUAAAAUGCACAGUAUUCCGCCGCUAUCGGUGGUGCAGGAUCCAUGCUUCUUAGUUGAUGAAUUGUGUGUAGUUCAGAGACACUUGGUCGGAAGCAUCCUAUCUCUCCAAACUUGUCCCGCUUAG